AUGACCAGGGUGUCUACUUCCUUUAAUCUUGAGGCUGAUGAGAAUCAGCACAUGGUAAAUGCUGCCUUGGUGGGACAGGAACAGAAAGACAUCAAGCAAAAACUACAAAAGUUAGAAAGUUUUGUUAAUAUGGAUGCUACUCAGCUCAUAGAAGUGGCCACUGAGGUGAUUGAAUCCAGAGAUGUCAAACUGAAAAUCUUCUCCAGUUCCAGCUCCUCUGCCUCUGUGAGUAAAUUCAUUCUCUUAGGUUUUUCUUGCACAUGGGAUAUUCAGAUCCUCCUCAUUUCAAUCUUUUCUGGAACAUACAUCUCGACACUAAUUGGAAACCUGUGCAUUAUCUGUGCAGUGAGAUGUGACCAUCGAUUACAAACUCCAAUGUACAUCCUCCUUGCCAAUUUUUCCUUCCUGGAGAUGUGUUAUAUUAACUCUACUGUCCCCAGUAUGCUAGCCAACUUUUUCUCUGAGAAAAAAACCAUCUCUUUCUCUGGCUGCUUCCUGCAGUUCUACUUCUUCUUCUCCAUGGGUACCACUGAGACUUUCUUCUUGUCUGCAAUGGCCUUUGACAGGUACCUUGCGAUCUGCAGGCCCCUGCACUACACCACCAUCAUGACUGUUCAGAAAUGCUUCAGAAUGGGAGCUUGCUGCUGGGUGUGUGGCUUUUUGUGCUUCCUCUUGCCUGUUUACUUAAUCUCUCAGCUUCCAUUUUGCUGUGACAAUAAGAUAGAUCACUUUCUUUGUGACCCAGGUCCCCUUAUAAAACUGUCCUGUUCACCAGCUCCCACCACUGAAAUGAUCUGUGCCCUGUAUAACUCAGUUCUCAUUUUCUCCACCUUCCUCUUCAUCACGAGCUCCUACACCUUGGUCAUCAGAACUGUGCUCAGGGUCCCCUCAGCAGAAGGCCGGAGAAAGACUUUCUCCACAUGUGGCUCCCAUCUGGCUGUGGUGUCUCUCUUCUAUGGCUCCAUCAUGAUUGUCUAUGUGAGUCCCACCUCGGGUAAUCCAGCAGGCAUGCAGAAAAUUGUGACUUUGUUCUAUUCUGUGUUAACACCACUUGUCAACCCUUUGAUCUACAGUCUACGAAAUAAGGAGAUGAAGGAGGUACUGAAGAAAUUGCUCAGGACUGUGAGACAGAUCCAUGGAAAAAAGUUUUGA